CGCGUGACGUCACUGAGUAGCCCGGAAGCGCCUCCACACGUGCUCUGACGGCUGUGGUCCCCUUGGCCCCGCUGUCACCGGCCAUGGGUCGCUCCCGUCGGACGGGCGCACACAGAGCGCGCUCCCUGGCCCGCCAGAUGAAGGCGAAACGGCGGCGGCCGGACCUGGAUGAGAUUCACCGAGAGCUGAGGCUACAGGUUCCCGCACGUCCCCGGCCAGACCUGGGUUCUGAGCCCGAUCCCGACCUGCCAGGGGGCGGCCUGCAUCGCUGUCUGGCCUGCGCGAGGUAUUUCAUAGAUUCUGCCAACCUGAAGACCCACUUCCGCUCCAAAGACCACAAGAAAAGGCUAAAGCAGCUGAGCGUGGAGCCCUACAGUCAGGAAGAGGCUGAGAGGGCAGCGGGUAUGGGCUCCUAUGUGCCUCCUCAGAGACUGGCAUUGCCCACAGAAGUAUCCACCGAUGUCCCUGAGAUGGACACAUCUACCUGACUGGCCUGAGGAUGCAAGGCAGUGGGGCUGCCUGUGGACAGUGAUGCAAUGGCUAGGCUGGGAGAGACUGUGCAGCCUGCUUGGACCCUGGGUUUGGGGAGUGGAUGGCCUCUUCUGGGUGCUCCCCCCAAUAAAGGAACUGGAUAGAG